AUGUCCCUACCUCGUCGAGCACCCGGGCGUCCGGCUAGAGGGAAACCCGGCUUCAACAGACCCAGUGUCCAGAGGGUGUCAGAGCCGUGGAGCGCAGACACGGCGGUUUAUAUAUCGUCGCGGACCGGGGAGCAAAGGUCAGAAGUCGUGAACAUCAGCAGAAAACGCAAACGCGUAGAGGAGCCACAUAACUUGCACCAGGAUCCUGCGCGCCAAUCAUGGAUUCCAGAUCAGCCCGACUACGCCCAUGAUGAUUCUGUCGAGUCAUUCAAUGACACUGGUUUGGACGCGGUAGAUGACGCAGAGACGGACGUGGAGGAGGAGGAGGAAACCAAUACUGAGACCCAGAAGACAGGCCGCAAGAUCUACAAGAGCACGUCCGAUCCCAUGUCCCUAUGGCGACCACGAAUGUCAUUCUUCCUGGAUGAGCUCCUGCGCCACGAAGGACUAGCAGACUCGUUGGACAACACACAAUGCAGCGUCUGUAAGGUGGGACUGGAGAGCCGAUCGGCAUCCGGAUGUGACAAGACGGAGGUCGUUACAGCAGCACGCAGAGCUGGCAAGGAAGAAGAUGAGGGGGAGGAGAGCAAAACGCGGAAUGCACCCCAGGACGAGCUGAAGCACGGCAUUUUCAAGUGCCUGCACUGUGGGGUGUUCCUACAGUGCAAGGAGUGUCUCUUGGCCCGGCAUGCGACCACUCCGCUCCACGUAAUCAAGGAGUGGAAUGGAAGUUGGUGGCAGAAGACCUCACUGGCAGCAUUGGGACUCGUAUAUCAGCUGGGCCACGGAGGGCUGCCAUGCGUGUUUCCAGCGGGAAAGGUGCAGCGGCUGGUGGUCAUACACGCGCCGCAUGUCCACGAAAUACAGAUGCGGUAUUGCAAGUGCGCCAAGUCCGACCACGCAGAUAAGGUUCAGCAGUUAUUACGAAAUGGGUGGUAUCCGGCUACGAACAUCGACCCGGGCACUUGUGCGACAUUCGAAACGCUCGAGUCAUUCCGUCUGUAUCAGACCAUCAGUAACAUGAACGCCAGGGAUUUCAUGACCUCGCUGGAGCAGAUGACAGAGGCGAGCGCGAAGACCGGCAUGAAGAAGACGGUGGACCGCUACAAGCAGCUUCUGAGGAUGUCGCGUCAAUGGGCGUUUCUACUGCGCUUGAUGCGGGCGGGUCGGGGGCACGAUCCGUGCGGGGUGGAGAGUACCAACCAGGGAGAAUGUGCGGUCAUCUGUUGGGCAUGUCCUCAUGAGGGUCGCAACCUGCCCAAAGACUGGAGGGAUGUUCAUCCAUCGUUUCGAUUUAUCUUCAUGCUGCUAUUGGCGCUGGAUGCCAAUUUCAGACUGAAGAACAGGAUCCGAGCAAAUGAGAUAGAGGACAAGUCUCUGGGUCCGGGAUGGGGAUACUGGGUCCCCCCUGACCCCUACGCGACCCACUUGAAGAACUACGUUAGCGAGGAUGACACCAGCACAUGUAUCGCGUUCGCGGCACUCCUCCAGAAGGACACUCGUCUCACUACUGGGCUCCGCAUUUCAGGAGUUGGAGGAUGUGUCUGCGCCCGCCAUGAAUGCAUGCGGCCGAACGGAAUCGGCGAUUUGCAGAAGGGCGAGCGGUAUGCGAACAUGGACUUUAUAGCAUUCUCGGCACUUGCAGGCUUUGGUCUGCUGUGGCUCACGCUCUCGUACGAUAUCGGAUGCCAGUGGAACAAGAACCUCGAGGAUCGGAUGAAGCGCCUGCCAUCCGAGCUACAUCUGCCGCUCAAGGAUUUGGAGGUCCAAUGUGGGCUUCCUGUAUGGCAUGCAGCAUCCCACAACAGCGAGUGCCAGAACGCGAAUAGCCUGUCUUUCAAGCCGGGUGUCGGGAAGACGGACGGGGAGGGGAUCGAGCGAGUGUGGUCGACGCUGAAUCCGACUGGAUAUGCGACAAGGACGUCAUCGCUGGGAUCGAGAGCGGAUGUACUGGAGGAGAAGAUAGACCAUAACAACUUCAUGAAGAACCUGGGACUGGCACAGACGCUGCCAGCACGAUUGAAAGUUGCUGAAGCCGAGCGCAAUAUCCAAGUCCAUGCAUUUGAGGACAUCAGCUUGACCGUACCAAAAAGCGUGAAGGAGGAAUGGCUUGUGGGAAUUGAGGCGUGGCUGCUCGACAACACCAAACCCAAUCCAUAUGUGCUGGACACUGCUCACUGUAUAUCCGAGGGUCAGGUUAGGUUGGAUGUACGCAAGGAGGAAGAACGUUUGAUGGCCGAGGGACGUUUGCUGCUGAAAGGGCAGAGUGCUACAUCUUUCCUGACGGCUGGAAUACAGAUAGAGGAUGCACAGCGUCGCAUCCGCCUGGAGCUCGCCGGCACUGUGCUUGUUGCAACAGAUCGAGCUAACCGGAUUGAGGAGUGGAGACGUGCCACGCUCGUCAAGAUUGAGCGCUUCAGGGAGCUGCAGGCGCUGUAUAUGCCGGCGGCGAGGGCCAUCAUACAAGCGUCGGAGUCGGGCGUGGCUCCUCAGGCCGAGAACAUUAAACUGUGGAUGCCCAGCGACAUGCCUGCGUCACUGGGGGACAAUCGAGGAUGUGCUUUGGGGCUGGUAGGGAUGGAAGUGCGUCUGAGGGUCGCGCAGUGCGAGAACAGUCUGGCGCAAGUCCGUGCCCGUCUGCAUGCCAAGCGCCACCUCAUCCUCUUUCGAAACACGAACGUCACGGGGCAGGUGAACUCCACGAAGGCGCGGACACUCAUCGACGAGAUUGGCGAGAAGGUCAACAUCUCUGCUGCUAGGUACAGGGCGGGGCGGGCCGCUUUGGUGGCAUGUGGUCGUAUUUCGUCAUUCGGGCAUUUGCGCGAGCUGGCUCAGGGGGACCUGCAGAUGGAUGGUGUUGCUGUGGUGUCUGAGAAUGACGCCGCCUCCAGCGAUGCGUCGUCUGCCAAGAAGUUGGCAGCUUUUGGCACGGGCCGAGCUCCCCGACACGAUUCUGGCUCCUCAAAGCGAACAAUGUCCUGGAUCUGGACGGCCCCCGGCGCUCUAGACAAGGCAGAGGAGCAGUUGCAUGACUCCAUCCGGAUUGAAUGGGCUCGUGCCCGUGCUCGAAGAGAUCGGUGGUCCGAGGAGGUCAUCAUGCUGAAGGAGGAGAUGCGUCGGGUGUGCGCGUACUUACAGUGGCAGUCAGAGUGGUGGUCGAAGCGGCAAGCUCAGAGGGAGGAUUGGGAGGGUGCUGUGGAGGCGGGAGCCAGGGCAUAUGCCCUGAAGCAGUCGGCAUGGCAUUUGGGUCUGCGUGAGUAUCUUACGCGCAAAUGGGGAGCACGUAUCGGCGGGACCAGCUUCGACAAGGAGCGGCAGGUGUAG